CCGCGGCCAGCACCCCUGUUUCGGGCGGCUACCUUCUCCAAGAAAAUAAUAUUCCUUCUUCUUCUUUCCCCGCUUGCGCUCCAAGCUAAACUAAUCCCUGUCUCCCUCCUCCAGCACCAGGCACCAGUAUUUAUACUGGGUUGGCCUCGCCCUCGUUCCUCACCAACACAUCUCAUCAGCGAAUACGAGAGGAGUACAGAGCAACAGAGAUCCAUCUUUCUCUAUUGAGUUCGUGAAAAAAGCUAGCGACCGGGAGUAAUGGCGACCGCCGGGAAGGUGAUCAAGUGCAGAGCUGCGGUGGCAUGGGAGGCCGGGAAACCACUGUCAAUCGAAGAGGUCGAGGUGGCGCCGCCGCAGGCCAUGGAGGUGCGCGUCAAGAUCCUCUACACCGCCCUCUGCCACACUGAUGUCUACUUCUGGGAAGCCAUGGGGCAAACUCCGGUUUUCCCUAGGAUCUUAGGCCAUGAAGCUGGGGGCAUUGUUGAAAGUGUCGGAGAAGGCGUGACCGAGCUCGUGCCGGGUGACCAUGUCCUUCCGGUGUUCACCGGUGAGUGUAAGGAGUGUGCUCACUGCAAGUCAGAGGAGAGCAACCUGUGUGACCUCCUCAGGAUCAACGUUGACCGAGGCGUGAUGAUCGGCGAUGGUCAGUCCCGCUUCACCAUUGACGGGAAACCAAUUUUCCACUUUGUCGGCACAUCAACCUUCAGCGAGUACACCGUGAUCCAUGUCGGGUGCCUAGCGAAGAUCAACCCUGAGGCGCCCCUCGACAAAGUUUGUGUUCUUAGCUGCGGUAUUUCAACUGGUCUUGGUGCCACACUCAAUGUGGCGAAACCGAAAAAGGAUUCAACUGUGGCGAUUUUCGGUCUUGGGGCUGUAGGCCUUUCUGCCAUGGAAGGGGCCAGGAUGGCUGGGGCAUCAAGGAUCAUUGGUGUGGACAUGAACCCUGCUAAAUUUGAACAAGCUAAGAAAUUUGGGUGCACUGACUUUGUGAACCCCAGGGACCACACCAAGCCAGUGCAAGAGGUGCUUGUGGAGAUGACCAACGGAGGCGUGGACCGGGCCGUCGAGUGCACUGGCAACGUCAACGCCAUGAUCUCCGCCUUCGAAUGCGUCCAUGAUGGUUGGGGCGUGGCAGUGCUGGUGGGAGUCCCCCACAAGGAGGCCGUGUUCAAGACCCACCCAAUGAACUUCCUCAACGAGAAGACCCUGAAAGGAACCUUCUUCGGCAACUACAAGCCGCGCACCGACCUGCCAGAAGUCGUCGAGAUGUACAUGAGGAAGGAGCUGGAGCUGGAGAAGUUCAUCACCCACAGCGUGCCAUUCUCGCAGAUCAACACGGCGUUCGACCUCAUGCUCAAGGGGGAGGGCCUGCGCUGCGUCAUGCGGAUGGAGGAGUAGAUCAGCAGCCUGCCGCUGCUUAAAAUUUGUGCAUAAGAAGGACAUGAAAAAGAAGAGUUUCCAAUGUUUCCUUAGUAAUAAUGAUGUACUAUCGGUCGUCGCAUUUGUUUGGACUUUUAGUUUCUUGUCAGUGUGCUUCAUCAGCAAUUAAGCUUCCGUUUAGCGUGUAAAUUGACAUUUUCUGAACAAAAGUAGUGAUAAUAAUACUUUGCAUUUUCUGUGAUAA